AUGGUUCGAUUUUCGUAUUCUUUUAAUUUUUAUGAGGAAAGUGGAAUUAAUAGUAAUAAUAAUAUUAAUAAUGAUAAUAAUAAUAAUAAUAAUGUUAAUGGUAGUAAUGAAGAGAGAGAAAUCCAAAUGGCAAUUUAA